AUGGAGCAGCACGGGAACAGUCCAUCUGCCACUUACCCGUGUCGGGCGCGCAGCAUGACACUCGGGCGAAACGGAACAACGGAAAUCAAUCCAGUCACCUCGACCGUGGCCAUCUUGAUGCCAACGGACAUGGAUCAUCACCUGGUGAGCUACUUCAAACGCCGUCGUCGAGUCCGGGUCGAGCUCGGGCAAGCCCCGGCUUCAGCCGUCGACAACGCUGGCUCCCAGAUGCACGUGCAGUCGCAGGCGGCCGAGAAUUUGGUGCAGCAAUCCCGCCCGGUUGGUCCUUUCGAGACCUCGGCCACCCCCAACGGGGCCCCUGUCAAGUCUGACGGGACUUACUCCGCAACGGCCUCCGAGCCUCAUCUGCCGCCUGCCGUAUCGCCGACGCGCUACCAGAUGCCUCCGCCUUUUCAGCCCACGAACCGGCCCCUCGGCAUCAUGGCAAACGGAGACGUGGCUCGCGGCCCGCGACCUCACCCGCAGAACGGACCCCAUCGCAUUCACCAGACACACCCGAGCAAUGGAAGCAUUCACUUCGGCACUUUCCACGACUCGCAGAGCUCGUCUCCCGCGCCGCCGCUCUCUGGAGGCGUCGCGCCGCCCCCUGGAAUGGCCGGCCUCGAUGGCCGCCCGGGAUACAUGGGCCAUAACGGAAGCGGGUUCCCCCCCAUGAUGCCGUACGGCGGCGACAUGAUGCAGGUCGCAAACUUUGACAACUACGGUCGUCCGGCCAUGGCCUACGGGCCGAUGGACUCGUACCCCCCUUAUGGGUCCAACUAUGGACCCUCGACUCCUCACAGCUUCCAUGACUCGCAGUCACCCGUCCACCCCGAAGACAAUGGCAUGUACGUCCCUUACCCGCCAGGAGCCCCCUGCAAUGGAGGAGCGGUUCCCGGCGACGACAUUCAUCCGCAGAACCCGCAGCGACGAAUGUUUGGCCCCCCCGAAUACCCCAGGAUGCCGCCGAAUCUGGGCCUCCCACCCAUGAUGCCUCCUGGUGACCAUGGCGACGGCGUCAUCGGAUACCUGCAGCAGCAGUUUGCCGCGCCAGAGCUGGCUGACUGUACGCUGGAGCUCCGAUACCCCGAUGACGGGGCGCCACCCGUCCGGAUCCCGGGCCACCGCUUCAUCUUCUCCCGGAGUUCUGAGCUUUCGGCCCAGCUGCAGAAGAAGGCGUCCGAGCCAAAGUCUGCCGGCGGAGCCCCGCUAACUCUGGUUGUUGAAAGCGACAGCCCUUGGGUACGAUCCGACGCCUUCUACAUGGCUGUUCAACGUCUGUAUGGCCUGCCCCUGCUGCAGAUGCCGCCGCACAACCGGACGGACUCUGGCGACUUGAUGGAGGCUGGAUCUGCCAAGGAGCAAUUCGAGUUUUCCUUGUCGUAUGCCGCAGCCGGCCGCCUCCUCGACUGGGCGCCUGUCACGAGACGGGGCUGUGAGGUGGCGACGCAACUACUGGGCUGGCAGACGAUGGAGAAGGGGCUCGAGUUUGCUCUCGACAACUACAGCGACAAGGGCACCCAUGACUCGUACAAGUAUGGCGACGGAUCGCGGACCAUCCUCCACGCCGUGGCUGCGUACAUUGUCCACAACAUUCCGCCGAGCUUCAACCUCGACACCUCGGCUGGAGAGCCCAACAACUAUGCCCGGCUUCCGGUACACCCUCCGCCGGCUCCAACCUCUCCCGAGGCCGGUUCCAGGGCACCCUCGCCUGCGAUUGCGAGGGGCUCCUCGGUCCAGCUCGGCAAAGGUAGGCGCCCACACCAAAUCGCCAAUAUUCAAUUUGGCGAUCUCUCCCUAUCCGAAGCCAGGAACGGGACCGAAUCCGAGACUCCAAAGGCCGCUCAACAGGCUCAGCCGGUGUCACACACGAUCCUCUCCCGCGUACUGCUCAACCUGCCCUUUACGUACCUCAAGAUGAUGCUCGAGAUGUCUGGAUCCGGAAACCUCAACGGCUGGGCCAGCGCAGAGGCCCGUCAUCGUGUGAUCAAGCGCGCAGUUGAGGAACGCGAGGCACGUCGCCUCCGCAUCUUGGAAGCCGUUAUCGAUGGGCGAGUUUCUGUCUCGGAUGCCGUCCAUGCGGCUCUCCGUAGCCCGAAUCCACAAGACGUCGGCCGAUGGACUUCGCUGGGAUGGCAGGAAGAGAUGCUGCCAUGUUCUAGCCCGGGCGGUGCGUCCCUGGUACGCAAGUGGGUCCCCGUGGUGGAGCCACAGAACGGGUCGGCAGCCGCGUAUCCAUGA